AUGGUGUUAGAGUGCGUUCAUAGUCACUUUUGUUUUGCCGCCAUCUUGAUUUUGUUAUUUCCACUGAGCAUCUUGGGCGUCCUGAUUCUGUGCGUUUUUCAUAAGAUUCGUGCUGCUCCCUUGGUGGUGGGAAUAUUCUCUCGUUCCUCCGAGGAAGAUUAUAAAUGGCUGACACAGGAGCUGUGGUCAGAAAACUUCAAAGGCUCAGUUAAAGAAAUAAGACCCGUCUGCAUAUUUAACAACGGAGCGAGGCAGUUCAGGGCUGAGGUGGAGAAAUGCGACUUCGCCAUCCUGUAUCACACAAAGAACCGCGGGAGACUCAACAUCACAAACGUAGAGGACGCCAUUUACAACUAUGAGCUGAACUACUUAUCUGACACGUUAGGCCGCGGGAAGGUCAUUGUGGUGGUUGAUGACCUCGAUAACAGCGGCGAGGAGGAGAAGUUGCGUAUCCUGCGCGGUCAGCCUGACAUCAGGGACCGGGCGCAGGACCUGUUUCUUUUCACCACGGCGGAUAAGAGGAAUCCACAUUUACGGGAGAGAAAGCUACAUGAGAUGAAACGCGUGAUGAGUUCAGGUUCCAUUAGCACGAUGAAUCUCUGUGAUGAUCUGAAUAUCUGUGGGAGAUCCAGCAGCUUCCAGUACGAGCGGCUUACCUUUUGAGCCCACAUUGUCUGCCCCAGGAGACGUGGCCCCUGUGUACCGAGAGACCCUGAAUCAGUGAUGGAAAAACUCGUCCUCCUUUACAUGACAAAGCGAGGACAUCUUCAGGAUCCCAGGACAGCCCUGAGCCCUACAGCAGGAGAUGCACAAAAUAAUAAAGAUAUUCUCUAAAUAAACAACAUAAAA